AUGGCGGCGGCUCAGUCCCCAGCGGAGCGUUUCGGCACCUACGAGGAGUACCUGGAGUCGCAGGUGACGGCGCAGGACCUGUAUUACCUGGAGAGCGAAGUGGUGGCGCGGCAGCUGGUGGAGCUGGGCUUCCGCGGCUCCGGGGACGUGCUGCGGCGGGAGGACUUCGAGGCGCGGGCGGAGGAGGCCGCGGGGCUCCCGGGACCCACCUCCCAGAAGUCGCUCGCAAGUGCAGGGAAAGAACUGAAGGAUAACUUUUUACAGGCACUGGCGGAAAGAGAGGAAGCCAAUCGUACUGGAAGAAUGUCUUCCAUAAUCUUCAUUCGUGACUGGAAUUCUCGGCGCCAGGAGGUGUCUGCAUACAUUGACUAUGCGCACAGACUGACGACAGAUGACUUUGAAGUCUACUUCAGUGGAAAGAAAAGACUUUUACCACGGAACACUGAUCUGAGCUUUUACAACUGGGAUAGAAAUGUCAGCGCUUCAAAUUCCAGUCCAAAUUACCAAGUGAUUGCAGAAAAUGCCUCUGGAUUACUCUUCAAGAACAAAAGUGAUAGGAAAAUAAUAAAUGUGGAUCCAAAGGCCUACCCAGGAGACAACACAACACGGACACCUAUUGAAACAAAUCUCUACAUCCAUGUCGUUAUCUACGACCAUAUCCUCCGAAGAGGGGCAUAA